UUGUGGCUUUCUGUUUCCACUGUCAGUCUCUCCCUCUCUCUUCUCUGCUCGCCGCACUGGUGCUGACAUUUCUCUCCAGCAUCACCAGCGGAGAGGAGGAGGAGGAGGAGGAGGAGAAGGAGGAAGGAGAGGUUGUGUCAGGUGGAAACGGGGACCUCUAUGGAUAUCAUCAUCACCCUCCACCGGCUCGCAGCCUCAGCACCGACAGCAUCUCCCGGCCGGCGGUCACUGCGCCCCUUCUAUUGCGCCAAGGCGUCGGAUUUCCAGGGCGGUGCGCACUCCCCGGGCUGCUGCUGCUGCUGCUGCUCCCGUAAUUACCCGGUCAACCCGCUUCCUAGUGCAGUGAGGACUAAUCGAGGGAAGACCCAGCUGGAAUAAACGCGGAGCGUCGGUCUCCUCCAUUGAUAAACCUGCUCUGCUCAUCGAUUCAACCCAGCGACGUCUUGGAUAUAGAGGAGGAUAAAACCAAUCCUGACACGGAAUCUAAAGGGCGUCGGGCGCGAUGGCUAAUGCCUCCCCAGACCUGGACAACGCGGAAGCCCAGCGCCAGCUCAACAACAACAACCGACCAAUCAGCUCUGGGUUCUGGGAGACAGAGUGUACUAGCUCCAAGCUGUUCGAGUGCUCCCGCAUCAAGGCCCUGGCAGAUGAACGAGAUGCGGUGCAGAAGAAGACUUUUACUAAGUGGGUCAACUCCCACCUGGCCAGAGUGUCCUGUCGCAUAUCCGACCUCUACAACGAUCUAAGGGAUGGAUACAUGCUCACCAGACUGCUGGAAGUCCUCAGUGGAGAGCUCCUGCCGCGGCCCACACGGGGUCGCAUGCGAAUCCACUGCCUGGAAAACGUUGACAAAGCCCUGCAGUUCCUCAAAGAGCAGAGAGUUCACCUGGAAAAUGUCGGUUCUCAUGACAUAGUCGAUGGAAACCACCGCCUCACCCUGGGCCUUAUCUGGACCAUCAUCUUACGCUUCCAGAUCCAGGUUAUCAAAAUAGAGACGGAGGACAACAGAGAAACUCGCUCGGCCAAGGAUGCGCUGCUGCUUUGGUGCCAGAUGAAGACGGCAGGGUAUUCUGAGGUCAACAUCCAGAACUUCACCACCUGCUGGAGAGACGGCCUGGCUUUCAACGCCCUCAUACACAGACACAGACCCGACCUGAUCGAGUUCCACAAGCUGACGCGGUCCAAUGCAACCCACAACCUCCAGCAAGCCUUCAACAUCGCAGAGCAGCACCUGGGCCUCACCAAGCUCCUGGACCCUGAAGAUGUGAACACAGAGAACCCAGAUGAAAAGUCCAUCAUUACAUACGUGGUCUCCUAUUACCACUACUUCUCCAAGAUGAAGGCUCUUAUUGUGGAGGGGAAGAGGGUUGGCAAGGUGCUAGAGAACUGUGUGGAGUCAGAGAAGAUCAUCAACCGCUACGAGGCUCUGGCGUCGGAGCUGCUGGAGUGGAUAGAGAAGACCAUCGCCGUCAUCAGCAACCAGAAGUUCGCCAACUCGCUAACGGGAGUUCAGCAGCAGCUGCAGGCCUUCACCACCUACUGCACUAUAGAGAAGCCCAUCAAGUUCCAGGAGAAGGGGAAUCUCGAGGUUCUUCUCUUCACCAUCCAAAGCAAACUCAGAGCCAAUAACCAGAAACCCUACGUGCCUCAUGACGGGAAGCUCAUCUCAGACAUUAACAAGGCCUGGGAGAGGCUGGAGAAGGCGGAGCAUGAGAGAGGCGUGGCUCUGCGUAAGGAGCUGAUUCGUCAGGAGAAGCUGGAGCUGUUAGCUCAGCGCUUCGACCACAAAACCACCAUGAGGCAAGCGUGGCUCAACGAGAACCAGAGGCUUGUAUCGCAGGACAACUUUGGCUACGACCUACCAGCAGUCGAGGCGGCGAUGAAGAAACACGAGGCCAUCGAGGCGGACAUCGCCUCGUACGAAGAGCGAAUCGGCGUGGUCGUUGAGCUCGCCGGAGAGAUGGAGACGGAGGGCUACUACGACAUCCGACGCAUCUUGGCUCGUAAGGAGAACAUCCUGGGCCAGUGGAGUCUGCUGAAGGUGCUGGUGGCUGGGAGGAGGACCCGGCUGGAGAAGAAUCUGGCCCUGCAGAAGACUUUCCAGGACAUGGUGUACAUGAUCGACUGGAUGGAAGACACACAGGUCCAGCUGCUGUCAAAGGACUUCGGGAAGCAUCUCCUGGAGGUGGACGACCUGCUGCAGAAACACAGUCUGCAGGAAGCCGAUAUCACUGUGCAGGCUGAGAGAGUCGAGACGCUCAACACUGCUGCACUCAAAUUCACCACAAUAGAGGGUUACCAACCAUGUGACCCGCAGGUGAUCUGUAACCGUGUCAACCAUGUGUCUUCCUGUCUGGAGGAGCUGAAACAGCUGGCGGCCAAAAGACGAGCUGAACUCGAGGAGUCGAGACAACUGUGGGCCUUUUUUCAGGAGCUGGAGGAGUCGGAGGCCUGGAUCAGAGAGAAAAGCUCCAUCCUCGGAGCUCAGGGUUAUGGGAAGGACCUGAGCAGUGUGCUGAGGUUACUACAGAAACACAAGACUCUGGCCGGGGAACUGCUGGCUCACCGCUCACUGCUGCAGAACACCAUGAAGCGAGGGAAGCAGAUUCUGAGCGAGAAGAGCUUCGGCACAGCGGGGAUCCAGGAGCGCAUCAUGGAGGUUAAAGGCGAGUGGAAGAGUCUGGAGGACCAGGCUGCGCAACGUCUCGGCCACCUGCAGGAGGCACUCAACUUCUUCCAGUUCUCCACGGAGAUGGAUGACCUGGUGGCCUGGCUGCAGGACGCCUACCGCCUGGUCUCCAGCGAAGACUUCGGGCACGACGAGUACUCCACUCAGUCCCUGCUGAAGAAACACAGAGGGGUCAGCGAGGCGGUGGACAAGCAUCGCCUGCAUGUGGUGGCGCUGCGAAAACACAUGGUGGCGCUGCCCCUGCAAUACCGUGAACAGGAGGAGGUGCAGAUGCGCAUGGGAGAGGUGGAGCAGCUGUACACGGAGGUCGCUGAGGUGGCUGUGCUCAGGCAGCAGUGGCUUCACGACGCCCUCGCCGUCUACCGCAUGUUCAGCGAAGUCAACGCCUGCGAACUGUGGAUCGAUGAGAAGGAGCAGUGGCUGGACAAGAUGGAGAUCCCUGAGAAACUGGAGGACGUGGAGGUGGUGGCCCACAGGUUUGAGAGCCUGGACCAGGAGAUGAACAGCCUGAUGGGAAGGAUCCUGGACGUUAAUCAGAUAGUUCAGCAGCUGCUGGAUGGAGGUCAUCCAUCUUCUACGGAGGUCAGAGGUUGUCAGGACCACCUCAACUCCAGGUGGAACAGCAUCGUGGAGCUGGUGGAACUGAAGAAAGAUCAGCUGGACUCGAUGCUGCGCCUGCAGAACUACCUGCUGGAGUGCGCCGAGAUCAAGUCCCAGAUCCAGGACAAGAGAAAAGCCAUAGACGCCACCCAGUACGUCAGCAGUGAUUUGGGAGGAGUCCUCGCUGUGCAGCGACGUCUCUCCACCAUGGAGGGAGCCCUGUCUGUCCUGGAGCCCAAGCUCCUACAUCUACAGGAAGAGGCUGAACAUCUGGCCACCGCUCACCCGGGUCGGGCCAUAGAUGUUCUGGUGUCGUUCGAUGGCAUCAGUGUGGAGUGGGAGGAGCUGAAACGGACCCUGCAGGGAUGUGAGGACUCGCUGAUGGUGGCGAGCAGACUGCAGAGCUUCAUACAGGAUCUGGACUCGUUCCUCACCUGGUUGGUCCAGACGCAGACGGCCGCUGCCUCCGACCAACUUCCCAACAACCUGGAGGAGGCAGAGAAACUCAUCAACAAGCACGCUGCUCUGAAGGAGGAGAUCGGACGGUAUGAAGAGGACUACGAGCGCCUCCAGGCCAUGAACGAGCUGCUGGAGUCGGAGGAGGCUCCUCUUCCUCAGGCCGCUCUGCAGCAGUGGCUCCAGAAGCUCGACGUCGGCUGGAACAAGCUGCUGGAAAUGUGGGAAAGCAGGAGGGAAGUUCUGGUCCAGGCUCACAUCUUUCAUCUGUUCCUGCGCGACGUCAAACAGGCCGAGUCCUUCCUUAACAACCAGGAGUCGGCCCUCGCUCACGUGGAGCUGCCCACCACCGUGGAAACAGUGGAAGCGGCCAUAAAGAAACACAAGGACUUCACCACCACCAUGGAGCUGAACCUGCACAGGAUCAAAGCUGUGAUCGAGGCCGGAGAAAGUCUCAUCAGCCAGAGCAACAUCUACUCCGAGCGCAUCCGGGAGCGAAUCGACACCCUCGCCAACAGGGGAAACCAGAACAGGGAGCUGGCUCAGCAGUGGCUGGAAAAGCUCAACGACCAGUGGGAACUUCAGAGGUUUCUGCAGGACUGUCAUGAGCUGGGGGACUGGGUGUAUGAGAAGAUGCUGAUGGCGAGGGACAGCAGCAGAGACGAGACCCAGAAGCUUCAUAAGAAAUGGCUGAAGCACCAGGCCUUCAUGGCCGAGUUGGCCCAGAACAAGGAAUGGCUGGACAAGAUUGAAAAGGAGGGCCAGCAGCUGAUCCAGGAGAAGCCGGAGCUCAGCCCCGUGGUCCGGAAGAAGCUGGAGGAGAUCAGGGAGUGCUGGCAGGAUCUGGAGAGCACCACUCAGGCCAAAGCGCGCCAACUCUUCGAGGCCAACAAGGCCGACCUGCUGGUGCAGAGUUACGAAAGCCUCGACCAGAGACUGAGCCAGCUGGAGUGUCAACUGGCCUACGUGGACCAGGGACAGGACCUCACCACGGUCAACAAGCAGCUGAAAAAACUACAGACCAUGGAGGCACAGAUGGAGGAGUGGUAUAAGGAGGUGGGGACGCUCCAGGUGCAGGCGGCCUCCAUCCCCCAGCAGACGCAGGUCAAGGAGACGGUUGCCGAGCGACAGACCACGGUCGAGGCCAGGAUGGUGCGUUUGAUCGAGCCGCUGAAGGAGAGACGACGCAUCCUGCUGGCGUCAAAAGAAGUUCACCAAGUUGGACGAGACCUGGAGGACGAGAUUUUGUGGGUCCAAGAACGUCUCCCCAUGGCCAUGUCUCAGGAGCAUGGUUCUAGUCUGCAGGCCGUCCAGCAGCUCAUGAAGAAGAACCAGACGCUUCAGCGGGAGCUGCAGGGCCACCGGGGCAGAAUAGAAGAUGUCCUGGAGCGGGCGGCCAUCAUUGCUUCCAUACGCAGCCCAGAGGCCGACUGUGCCCGGGCCGGCCACGACCAGCUGGCCCACUUCUGGGCUCUGCUCUGGGCCGAGACCGAGAGGAGGCAGCUGGUCCUGGACGCCAUGUACCAGGCCCAGCAGUACUACUUCGACACGGCCGAGGUGGAGGCCUGGCUGAGCGAGCAGGAGCUGCACAUGAUGAAUGAGGAGAAGGGGAAGGACGAGCCAAGCACACUGCAGCUGCUAAAGAAACACUUGAUCCUGGAGCAAACCAUCGAGGACUACGCAGAGACCAUCGGCCUCCUUUCGCAGCAGUGUCGACAGCUGCUGGAGAUGGGACAUCCAGACUUUGAACAGAUCAGCAAGCGUCAGUCCCAGAUCGACCGUCUGUACGUGUCCCUGAAGGACCUGGUGGAGGAGAGGAAGAGUCGUCUGGAGCAGCAGUACUGGCUCUACCAGCUCAACCGGGAGGUGGACGAGCUGGAGCAGUGGAUCGCCCAGAGGGAGGUGGUCGCCAGCUCGCCCGAACUGGGUCAAGACUACGAGCACGUCACUGUCCUGCAGGAGAAGUUCACCGAGUUCGCCUCGGAGACGGGCAGCGUGGGGCAGGAGCGGGUGACGGCCGUCAAUCAGAUGGUGGACGAGCUCAUCGACUACGGCCACUCGGAGGCGGCCACCAUCGCCGAGUGGAAGGACGGCGUGAACGAGGCCUGGGCCGACCUGCUGGAGCUCAUGGAGACCCGGGCACAGAUGCUCGCCGCCUCGCACCAGCUGCACAAGUUCUUCUCCGACUGCAGAGAGGUUCUGGCUCAGAUUGAGGACAAACAUCGAAGGCUGCCUGAAGUCCGGGCUCGGCAGGGCAGCACCGCCAACACCAGCACCCUGCAGAGACUCCUGCACAGCUUUGAACAGGACAUACAGCUGCUCGUCACACAGGUGCGUCAGCUGCAGGAGAGCGCGGCCCAGCUGAGGACGGUGUACGCCGGCGAGAAGGCCGAAGCCAUCGCCUGCCGCGAGCACGAGGUGAUGCAGUGUUGGAAAGAGCUGCUGACGUCCUGCGAGGAGUGUCGGCUGCAGAUCACCACCGAGACGGACAAGCUGAGGUUCUUCAGCAUGGUCCGGGAUCAGCUGAUGUGGAUGGACUCGAUCAUCUGUCAGAUAGGGACGGGAGAGAAGCCCAGGGACGUGUCCUCGGUGGAGGUGCUGAUGAACUAUCACCAGAGUCUGAAGAGUGAAGUGGAGGCUCGUAGCCGGAGCAUCCUCGAGUGUAUCGAGAUGGGAAAGAUGCUGCUGGCUGCUAGAAACCCUGCAGCUGAAGAGAUCAAGGAGAAGCUGGACAAGGUGAUCGCUAAGGAGCAUGAAAUGUCUGAGAAGUGGGACAGACACUGGGAAUUCCUACAGCAACUGUUGGAGGUUCACCAGUUCGCCCAGGAGGCGGUGGUGGCCGAGGCCUGGCUCACUGCUCAGGAGCCCGUCAUCAAUAGCAACGAGCUCGGCGACAGCGUGGACGAGGUGGAGCAGCUGAUUCGACGCCACGAAGCCUUUCGCAAAGCCGCCGCCACCUGGGAGGAGAGAUUCAGCUCGCUGCGACGGCUAACUACGGUGGAAAAGCUGAAAGCAGAACAAAGUAAACUCCCCCCGACUCCUCUCCUGGGUCGUAAAGUCUUCCUCGACCACCAAGACGGCCCCCCCACUCCAGCCACGCUCCCCCGCCUCCCGAUCUCCCCCGUCAUGAGACAGACCAUCUAUGAACAGAACGAAGCCAGCUCACCUCCCUCCCCCUCUCCCGCCACGCCGACUCCCUCCCCGUCGUCUGUGGUCCGGAGACUGGGCUCGACGGUCGCCAACUACACCCCCGUGAUGAACGGCUCCAGCUACCGCCACACCCUGGAGGCCCGGCACGCCGGCGUGGUGGGCGUGGCCGCGGGGCUGGUCCAGCCCUCUCCUUCCUCCAUAGCGUCUGUUGCCACGGCAGCGAUGCUGGUGUCAGCGAACCAGGUGCGAGAAAGCGCCGGCACGGCGAGAGACCAGGGGGCGAAGGUGAUGAGCCACCUCCAGCCGGCUCAGGCAGCGAGGGAGCUGGAGGCCAAAUCCUCCACGUAUCUACGGCAACCCAAAAUCAAACACCUGGACGACGCCGUGACGCCGCUGCUGGUGGCCAGUCGCCUGGAGAAAGCCCGGGAGAGGGAGAGGGGGAGGGAGAGGGAGAUGAUGAUGGGGGAGAUCGGCACGGAGAAGGCGGAGGUGGCCGUGAUGGCCGAGGUGGUGCUCCAGGAGCCGAGCCGGGAGCGCCUGCACAGCGAGCCCACCAGGGGGCCCCGGGGGUCCAGGACCGACCCGCUGGGCCACGCCGAGCCCCAGGUCCAGACGCACGCCCACCACCGGGACCACAGGAUAGAGCGGCAGCUGUCCAGCGAGCAGCUGAUCCAGGCGCGGAGGGACGAGCUGCCCCAGGAGGUGUGGAGGGAACACGCCGAGCGGCGGGACAGGCGGACGCUGGAGAGGCAGACGUCCAGCGAGCAGGAGGGACACGGGGGACACGACAGCCGGCGCAGAGAGAGGGACAGACACCGGGUGGACAGACAGGAGUCCAGCGAACACGACACGGGGAAGGAGCACUCGGACAGACGCUCGGGAGGAGGAGAAAGGAGGACGACCAUGGCAGAGAUCGUAGAGCAGCUGCAAGAAAGAGAAGCAGCACAGGCCCGUGGUGAGGUCCCCCGUGUGCCUAAUGGGGUACCAGAGAAGUCUUCCCGUUCCGACCGGCCUCGAGCUCGGGACCGGCCCAAACCGCGGCGCCGGCCUCGACCCAAAGAGCCCGGAGAGACGACGCGGAGGUCCCGGUCUGCCCCGGCCCAGAGCAGCCCGGCCGUCCCCCAGCCGCCGACACACACAGCACACCACGAGGGCUUCCUCUUCCGCAAGCUGGACAUCGAGAGCCUGAAGAAGAGCACCAAUAGCAGGUCAUGGGUCAACUUGUACUGCGUGCUGAACAAAGGGGAGAUGGGAUUCUACAAGGACGCCAAGAACACCAACACGCCCUACAACAACGAGCCGCUCCUGAACCUCUCCCACUGCCACUGCGACGUCACCAACGGCUACAAGAAGAAGAAGAACGUCUUCACGCUCAAGACAAAGGAUGGCAGCGAGUUUUUGUUCCAUGCAAAAGAUGAGGACGACCUCAAAGCUUGGGUGGCCAGCAUCACCGCCAGUAUUUCGGAGCACGAGGAGAUUGCCAAAUGGGGUCAGCCCCAACCAACUACCUCAUCCACCGACGAGGGCACGCGCCGCGACGGCAGCAAGGCGGACAACAGGUCGGAGCGAGGCGGCGAGCCCGAGCGGAUCGAGCCGGCGGACAAGGAGAAGGAGAAGGAGAAGGAGAAAGAGAAGGAGAAGGAGAGAGAGAAGGAAAGAGAAAGAGGGGAGCGCUCGGAGAGGUCGGACCGGGGCGGGAAGUCGGACGGGAAACGCUCGGAAAAGUCCAGCAAGAAAAAGUGAGCAAGUGCGAACGACGGAUUGGUCGGAAUUUGAAGCGUCUGAACUCCGCGUUGGGAGGCGGGGCCGCAGACUGGAGGUGAACGCCCCCCCUUCCUUGUCUCCGCCUCCAACACUGUCAACAGAGCAGUUGCGUUCGGUGGAUGGAAAGGAAUGAAGGAUUUGAUUUCCCAGGCUCACUCAUAGGACGGAUUUGAUUUGGAGCAGGAGACAUCUCUCUUUCCCUCUCUCUUCUGUGUCUCUGUGAGAACACGCAGAGUCAGUGGCGCCCCCCACUUCCCCCUGGUGGCCGUUUCAGAGAACUGCAGCGGACAGAGUUUUUUUUUGUGCUGCUGACGCCCGGGGCAGCGUUAACACGAGAGAGAGACGGGACGCGCAUCACGUUAAUUUGAAAGGCUGUUACUGAUUGCUGGUAGUGUGAUAAAAAAAAACGUAGCUCAUACUGUUCCAUGUUUGUUUUUUCUAUGAGAUGAGCUGUAUCUGUAUGUAUUUCCCGUCUGUCCGUCCUAUCUACUGUAUCUAUCUGUCUGUCUGUAAGUCGAGACAUCCUACACUCUGUCUUAUUACUCCUCGGAAAGAGAAUGAAAUUAUGCCAAAACGUUUUACAGACAAACAUAGACUUUUUUCUUUUGGUUGUUGUAUCCACUUUAUCCCAUCUUAAUCUAGAUCUGGCCACGAUAAAAAAUUAAAAAACAAAAAAAGAGUAGAACUAGAUUGAAAACAUCUGAUCUUCACGUCUGUGCUGAUUCGAGGGAGGAGAGAAGAGUAUUUAUUAUUAACUUGAUAAAAUAAGAUCCUAAAAUGUUGAACUUAAGGAAGAUCUAAGGAUCUUUUCUAAGAAUUUAAUCACAUGUAUCGUUGAAAUCUGCCCACGAACAGCAAACAGAGCAGCUUCCCUUCUUUUGUGUAGAAUUUACGUAGGAUAACAGAUUUUCAAGUGAAGAUUUCUGCAUGACAGUCGAGUCACGAGGUGUUCAACCUGUGACGCAAGGACUACAGCACAGCUCGGACUUUCAGCGUCUAAAUUAGAAAGAUUAGUAGACAGAUGUACAGCUCUGAUCUGAAGAGAUAAACCUCUGAUUCCCAGGGGGCCUCAUUCACUAAAAAUACUUAACAAAUACAGCUUUCACCUACGAAACGGUUUCAGUUUUCCAUGAAUGGCAUGUUUGGCUUUGUUCAUAAGCACAAACUCUGGCAUGUUUUUAAUGAAUGAGGCUUUCAGGGCUGAAGACGGGCCUCAUCUGCUCUUUGAUUCUUUUACGACAUCGUCAGAUAUUCUCUGAUACGCUUUUCCUCACACAAAUCUGUUGCAUCCGUUUUUAUACAGAACUUGUUUAUGUGUGAGUGUGUGUGAGUGUGUGUGUGUGUGUGCUGAUGCUCUCUGCUCCCAGGGUCUCCAUAGCUCUCAGGUUACUUGUGUUGGUGUGUGCUUACCGUGUGCUUCACACAUGUUCAAUGUUUGUCCCCUCAGAUGCCACCUCAGUCUUCCAGAUACGUCCAAUCCACAACACGGAUAUACACACACGCAUAGGUUUAUACUUCUGUUUUCGUGAGGACCCCACCACUAUAACAUAGUUAAAUGCCUGACCCCAGCUUUGAUCCUAAAACCUAAUCUAAACAGUCCCUAAACAAGUGAGGAUCUGCCAAAAAAUGUCCUCACUCGCAAGGUCUAAAACUCAAACCGGUCCUCACAAAGAUAGAUGUACAGAUUCACACUCAUCAGGUUUAAAAUGUCAGAGGUUAUAAACAUGCAACAGAGUGUUUAAAGGUCCUAAAACCGAAAUGACUGACUUAGAUAAUGAACAAACAAGUGAAUGGACUGACACGCCACUGAGAGCCAGGUUAUCCGACCGACCAAAUAUGUUGUGGGUGGGUUCAACCGUCUGUUCGUCACAAGAUUUGCAUGUUUUGCUUGGAGAGAAAUCACUCGUCUAAAGAAGCUUGUCUUUGCAGCCCGCUGACUGGGCAUCUACAUACAGUCUCUGAUUUCCUGUUAACACACCAUGAAGCCAUAAACCACAGGGAGACGAGAGUUGACAAAAGUCUAAUUAGCUGGAUAAUAGUUCAUUUUCCAGCUCUGUUAGAUGCAUCCUGGUCAGACAGCGUUUUAAAACCCUUUUUUAAAUUUCUUUCCUGCUUUUUAAUAUUAUUACGUCAUGGCUACUUGAUGAGACAUUGUUCACUGCAGUUCUGCUGUUUCUGAGUCUUUCAAGUCCAACUGAAAUUCAUUUGCGUGCGGUUAGUUUGCGCAAACAUCAGCGUCUGCUCUGUGGAUCAGAAAGGGUUUAAUUUAUAUUUUCAUUUUCAUGUCCUGUAAGUUCCUAGAGAAGAUGUGCAUUUGUCAAGUUAGUCCAAACCAUAGGCUAUAUAAAUAUGGACAAUAUUUCGCCACUUCCUGUCAUUGGCCAAGGAAAAGGAGAGUGUUUUCGUUUAAUUAGUACAGUCCUCUGCUCUACCACCACCACUUACAAGGAAAUGCUGUAUAAUACACUGUACUUAUUUUUAAAAAUUGUUUUUACAACUCUCAUGCCCCCAUGGGACCGCUUUACGGAGCGGUUGGCAUGGCAACUGGUGGUCGCCAUUAGGUUUCAUCCAGUUUCUAUAGCAUGGAAUAACUUACUAAAAGUAAACUUCCAAGAAAUUGAACAUGCAACAUUAUAUUAACUACCUAAAACACAAAAAAUAUGUGUCCGAAAUCAUUUAUUCACUCCCUAACCCCUGCUGCCUUGCAGGGUUUCAAUCCCAACAGCUUUCAGUCAGUACCUAGUAUAUACAGUCCAUAGAUACUACACGUAUCAACAUUUGACGCCUAGUUAAUGACGUCACUGCUGUCGCAUCAUUACGUAACAGACUGCCGCGGCUCCCUUGGUUAAGCCAUUAACAAUUUACACAUUAGUGAAACGUGAUGAUUUUGUAAACACGUAUGUGUGAUGUCCACGAAAUAAAAAGUAAAAUUCCGUUUUAAAAAAAGACGAAACUUAAAAAUGUGUCUCACUAACAGCCGCUAACGGCCAUUAACGGCGGCGCCGCUAGAGACGCAAUGCAUGAUGGGAUGUCCACCACCCGUUGAAUGCCGCCGUUAAUGGCCGUUAGUGGCUGUUAUAAUAUGAAACUUUUUUUUAAAACAUAAUUUUAUUUUUUAUUUUAAGAACAUCGCGCAUAUUUGUUCACAAAAUCACCACGUUUUAGUAAUGUGUAACUUAUAAUGGGAUAACGAGGGGAGCGCGGCAGUCUGACACGUGAUAAUGCGACUGUAGUGACGUCAUUAACUGCGCGUCAAACGAUGAUACGUGUGGUGUCCAUUGACUGUAUAUACUAGGUGGUGUCCAAAAGCUGCUGCGUUUGAGCUCACUUUAUAGUGAAACCCUACAUAGGCGUAACUACAGAAUGGCGUAACAAUUACACAGGGGCCUACACUGGGGUUAGGGGGCGAUUUCGGAUACUGGAGGUCAGAAAAACAUAUUUUUUUUAUUCACAGCCACUAGAGGGCGCAACAAGGGCAACAGACUUCAACCAGUUAGCAAGACAAACACAAGAUUUCUCCUUUAUUGCUAGUGUUUUAAACAGUUUUUCAGUUUAAUAAGACCAAAACACUUUAUAGGGGAAGAUAAAUUAACAAGUCUGCUUGACGUCAGUGCACCAUAGUCUGUCCAGCACAGCUAACUACACCUCAUCUACUCUUCAUCUACUCGCUCCCUCAUUCUCCUGUCGCCAGAUUAAAACAACGCAAUGAUUUCAGUUGGACUUUAGAUGCAUAAGUUUACAUGUUUCUUUACGAGCAGGUCAUUUCCAAGAGUCACCCUCAGAAUUAGUUUUAUAUUUUUCAGAUAUCUAUAUUUGCCAGGGUGACGUUUAUCUUUUUAAACAUUAUAACGACGUCGAGCUGUUCCAGGAUUUCUAAGUUUUCACUGGUUUUAAAUUAUCCUCUCUCGAGCCGUAAAAGGACUUGUUAUUUUCUUUUUCUUUUUUUUCAUACACAUUUUAUGCAUCUUAAUUAGGUGUGAAUGCCAGAUCAAUGCAACCAUUUACAUGCAUGUUGGACACAACAAACACAGUCAGAGUUAAGAGAAGUGAAUUUUGAAUGAGCAAAACUUCCUUGUAUAAAGUGACACAGAACAGCAUCGUGAACCAGCACAAUGUGUUGUUGUCGAUACACACAGGACAGACUGCGCCGGGUGCAGCUGAGCGUGUAAAGUAUUUUACACCAGAAAUAACCAGAUCUUGUGCAAAGUUUAAAUCAGCGGCUCAGAUUUGGCUCAGAUAAAUGUAAAAGUCUGGGCGCCGCCUGCCUGUGUGUGUCUCUGCUGUUCUGUUCACGUCAGCCUCAGUCUGUCAGCCGAGAUGAAAUGACGAAUAAAAGACCUUUUGGUUUGUCAUUAA